AUGUCUUCAGGGAACACGCAGCUAUACGCCCCUCGCCCGCAGGGGCCCCCGACCCACUUCUACCCGCCGCCUAACGAGAAUGCCCUCCAAGUCCCCUCUCUACACCCUUCGCCAUCACCGUCUCGUACUUCCGAUGACUACUCAGCCAAUGGAUACAGGAAGGAGGGCCGUAUAGGCGUCGACUACCGCCAAGUCACGCGCACACCCAGUCCCACUCCGUCCGAAGCGGAGGCGCUUGUGAACAAGACGCAAUCAUUCAACCUCAAAAAGUUCCUCGACCCAUCAUACCUCAAGAACCCGAGGAAUUUGAUCUCCUUGAUCGUUACGAUCCUGAUCCUUGCUCUCGUCAUCGUGUUCAUAGUCGAGCAGAAUAACAUCGUCAAGGCAUUGAGACCGGUCGCGCAAUGGAUGCGCAAAACACCCGGUAGAUGGCUCAUUCCUAUCGGCAUCAUGAUCAUCCUCUCCUUCCCUCCUCUGUUUGGCCACGAGAUCGUCGCUCUGCUCUGUGGAGAUGUGUGGGGAAUCGGGAUCGGUUUCGCGAUUGUCGCGGCUGGUACGCUUCUCGGAGAACUCGUAACCUACUACACCUUCCGAUACUGCUGCAAGGCGCGCGGCGAGAAAGCGGAGCAGAAGAACCUCCGCUUCGGUCUCCUGUCAGAAGUCAUUCGUGAAGGUGGCUUCAAAAUGGCCAUCAUAGUCCGAUACAGCGCCAUCCCUGGUCACUUAACGACCGCCAUAUUUGCGACCUGCGGCAUGGGCGUACUCACAUUCCUCGUCGCCGCGGUCCUUUCCCUGCCGAAACAGUUCGCGACGGUAUAUCUUGGCACCGGCACUGUGGACGCCAACGGCGAUGUCCAACCGUCUCACACGCAGAAGAUCGUGAAAAUCGUGCUCAUCGUCAUCACCACGAUCGUCACGAUGGGCGCCAUGCGCUACGUGAACGGCCAGAUCGACAACGUGAAGCAGGAGGUCAUCUACAAGCGCCGCAAGGCGCGCCAGGCGAAGCUAGCGGGGGCCUCCGCCUCCUCGUUCCCCUUCAAGCCCGCGCACGACGACGACCCUGAGGACGUCACGCCCCUCGUGCCCCGCGCAGGCGGCAACAACGGCUACGCCCGCGUGUCGAUGGACCACGCCGACGUGCACGUGCCGACGCCCGCGUACACGAACGCGGGGUACGCGCAGCAGCAGCAGCAGCAGCCGGUCCCGACGUUCGCGCCGCCGCGCUCGCCCCCGCCGAACGUGUACGGUACCGAGGCCCGCUAUGACGACGCGUAUGGCGGGCGGGACGCGCUUUCGACUGGCGGUCUGCGCACUCCCGCGGGGUCGUCGCCAGGUCCCGCGUCGAGCACGCGUUUACCUCAGUGAGGUCGGGGUGGUGUCAUAUUUAAGCAGCUCUUGUCGGGCUCGGACUUCCGUCGAUUCUCGUCAUCAUCCCAGUAAAUCUGUGGCGCAUACUACCUGUCCUUGACUGUAUCAAUCACCCUCGCCCAUAUGCAUAUCUCGUAGUAUGUCCACUGUAAUUAUACUUUACGUGCUUCAAAUGAUAC